AUGGUACGUCAUAUAAUACCAUCAGCAGUACUCCUCAGUCUGGUAACUUCAGUCGACAUCGCGUCUGCCCAAGGGCGCUGGGGUGAUGACUAUGAUGGUGACGGACCAAACUACGGAGAAUAUUCUGGCUUUUAUGGUGGUGGCAGCGAUGAUGGAUUCGGCAGGCAGUUUGGAGAUGGUGCUGAUAUAGACCCUGCAACGGCGGCAAGCUAUCGUCUAAUCCAUGGGACACUGGCAGCUCUAGCUUUUGUCGGCAUCUUCCCGGUCGGAGCUAUCUUGAUGAGAGUUGUCCCUGGACGAUUUGUUUACCUGGUACAUGGCAUCACUCAGUUGGUGGCAUAUGUUGUCUACAUCUGUGGUGCUGCGCUGGGCAUUUAUCUUGUGCGAAUGGUCCGCAUCCCACCCAAUGGGAGAAGUCUGCUCUCGAUUCCAGAAGCAAAUGCUCAUCCAAUAAUCGGACUCGUCAUUUUGGCAGUUCUCUUUUUCCAACCCAUACUCGGUUGGGUCCACCAUAUACGGUACAGGCGUCUCGGCUGCCGGACCUGGUGGUCAUACAGCCAUAUCUGGGUUGGUCGACUCGCCGUUGUGCUAGGCAUCAUCAACGGCGGCCUUGGUCUUGGGCUUGCUCAGGCCAAUCGCUCAGCUAUCAUUGCGUACUCAGUCGUCGCGACCGUCAUGUUCUUGCUCUGGACUAUUGCUGCUGUGAUCGGUGAGCGUAAAAGAGGAAGAGCGAGUGUCACGGCGGCGGCGAAGGCUCGCGAUUCUGUUGAUCGUGAGUCGCGGGCCAGAACGGACGGAAGUAGGGUGGAGCUGAGACCAAUGAAGCCUACCCGUAGCAACCGACACAGCUCGGCAUCUUCGAGGUCAACAUCUUCAGCACGCAUUUGA